AAGAACUGGUCUCAGAAUCUCAUUCAUAGUUAGCGAAUUUGUGAAGUAUGAUUUGCGCAAUACUUCGUGUCGCCGACGGUUGUGUAUUUUGCAUAAGAAAUAGUAAAUUAUUUUACACAUUUAUGAAAAUUCUUAAAUAAAGUGAAGUGAACAGAGGAAUGCAUCGAUAAUAAAAAGGGCGGCUCAUGCAGUUAAUUUCUAAGCGAUUCAACAUGCAUUUGCUUCCGGGUCUCCUCUUUGUUGUGGUGUUUUCAAGGACGUGCUUGGCUCAUGGUCAUGAGCCGGUAUCACAUUCAGCUGAGACUGCUGGUCAGUCAAAGUGCCCUGGAGUGUGCCAAACAGCAGAAUCGUGUGUCACAUCUCUCAGUGAAACAGAUUGUUCCGGUAAUUUGGUUUGCUGCGUUGAUCACCUUGAAAAGAUGGCGGCUACGGAGUUUGCAGAUCCCGAUCUUACAACAGAGAGUUUAUUAGAUUCAAAUGUGGUCCCCGAAGUGGAAGAAAUGUCUGAAGGUGAACUAUCUGAAUUCACGACGGAAGCAGAGAUGUUAAACGAGAGUGUAUUUGAAGAAGUCGAGGUUCCAGAAGAGGAAGUAAACGAGGAAAUGAAACUACUAAACAGUGGAAAAUAUGAGAUUGUUUAUUCUGAGGAAGCUGGUGAAGCGGUUCUUGCCCCUGUCACACCAGAGACCCAAGAGCUAGUAGAUGAUUCUGCAUGCCCUGGAACGUGCAUAUCUGCGGCAUUUAUGACAGACUGUUCUUAUGUAAUGAGUGAAAGUAGUGUGUGUUCAGCUGGAGAAGUCUGUUGCUUAAAUGACGAGGAUUAUCAAAGAGCUCAAUAUUAUAUAGAUCAAGAGGAAAAAUCCACUAAGGUUAAGAGAGCUGCAGAACAAUCCCAAAAAUACGAUUGCCCUGGAAGCUGCAUGCAUCCUUCCCAUCUUAUUUAUUGUGACAAAAUAUUAAACCAGUUUUCUUGCCCCCUCAAUGCUAAGUGCUGUACACUUCCUACUGCUCAAAGAGCUCAAAUUCAAGAACCAAUCGAAUGUACAGGAACGUGCUUACCUUUUCAUAUGGGUGGAUAUUGCUUACCACCAAAUGAAUUAGUGAUGGGUCCUACAACUUGUGAAACUGGCACUUCUUGCUGUAUGGUAAAUCCUUCUAAUGUUCAACCUCCUCGUUUCAAAGCUAUGCCCUUCCCAAAUACACCACCACCUUUCACAAAUGACAUCACUGCUAAUCUUCUUGGACAUCUAGCUGUGGAUGAUGCUGGUAAUGUGUUUAAAGUCAGCAAAAAUGGGCAGAUCUCUCCUCUCACGAAUUUGCCUUUAGGAACUGAUAUUAGAAGUUUGAUUAGACUAGCUACAUAUCCUCGUUUAAGUGGAGAAAUAGCCAUUUAUUCAAGUCAAACAGGUGAACUUUACCAGCAAUUCAUUCCUCGUAUGCAAACCGCUUCCAAUACAAGAGUCAAAGUGCAAUCUCCUUUAGUUCGUCAACCAAUACACCAAUUUGAAUCCCAAGCAUCUGAACACGCUGCGAAUUUUCAGCCUAAUCCUCCUGUUCAAGCAAGUACUGCACCUAUAGAUCAAGAAACUUCAGACAUCGUGAUACCAGAUGAUGAUGACGAAGCACCAGUGACUACAAAUACUCCGGUGAUCCAUACAGAUAAAAAUUCCAGGCCUCCUUGCCCUGGUUCAUGCAUGUCUUACUUCUUGAGAUUCACUUGUUUCAGAGGCUACGCAACUUACGAUGGCUUCACAUGCCCGGGAAGAUCUGUUUGCUGUGCACGUUUGAAGGAUAUUGAAGAUCACGAGCAAUACCUAAAAUCCAUAUCUCCUUACUUCAAUACCUCACCAGCCUCCAGAGACUCUAGCCUUCCUCGCUGUGGUAUCAAAGGAAGACGCGAUACUCCAAGAAUAAUGGGAGGAAAAGAUUCAUUGCCUGGUGAAUGGUGCUGGCAGGUGGCUGUUAUUAACGUUCAAAACCAAUAUAUUUGUGGUGGAGCUCUCAUUGACAACUCUUGGGUACUGACAGCUGCUCAUUGCGUUGCAAGCUCUCUAGAGGAGGGUCAAGCAAUUUUCAUCCGAGCUGGAGUUACAGAUUUGAAAAGCCCAGAGGACAACAGCAAGGCUCAAACUGUUCGCGUUCUCUCUACCUUUGUGCACCACAACUUCAACAGCAAAACUCUAGAUAAUAACAUUGCUCUACUUCGUUUGCAAAAACCUGUCGAACUUGGUGGAAAUGCCUGUGUAGUAUGUCUUCCAACUACUAGAAAGAUGCCAAAAGAGGGAGUUAAAUGCACCGUAACUGGAUAUGGAUUUGUUUCACCUGAAGGUGGUAUGGCUUUGAGGAUUCGAGAGGCACAAAUCCCUAUUGUGGACGACAUGGAGUGCAUGACUAAUGUUACCGAAGCAUUGGACAAUCCGUUUAUUCUGCCUUCCAGUAGUUUCUGUGCAGGUGGUGAAGGUAUUGAAGAUGCUUGCCAGGGUGACGCUGGAGGAUCUCUUGCCUGUGAAGUAGGUGGAUUCCACGAACUUGUUGGCUUAGUAUCCUGGGGACUUGGAUGUGGCAGAAACUUCGUACCUAGUAUAUACGUUAAAGUUCCAGCAUUCAUGGGAUGGAUAAAUCAAAUUAUAAGUUCAAGUUCAUUUGUACUUCCAUAACAUUUUCAUUUGUAAAAAACUUAGGUUUAAUUAAAGUGACAAAGACACUAA